AUUUGGUCAAGCAUUUGCUGCGCCGUGGGCUGCACCCUCGCAUUUGCGUCCCCCCGUCGCGUCGCCCGCCCCCCCAUGCCGUGCAGGGCGCGUCUGGAGUGGCUGGAGCGUCAGCUCCAGGGUGGUGCCAACAUCACCAUGAGCGCCAGCUUCAACGCGGCCACCUCGUCGGAGAAGUAUAUUUUCAAGCUCCACCCGGCUGGAGCUACCCACCUUCCUCGGCCAUGCAUGGCAGCCGUCUUGAAGGCCUUGAUGGCUCGGGAGCCGUUGCAGUGCAGUAGCGACCAUGGUCGUCGGCACCGCCGCUCUGGGAUCAGCGAGGUGACGAUGUAUUUUCAGCCUGAUCCUUUUCGAGGUCCUGCUGAUGGCGGCGCUAGUGGUGGAGAUGAAGACGGCGACAACGGAGGUGACCCCUUUCGUGGUCCUCGUCAUGGCAGUGGUCGGCGGCGUCGUGGUUUCGGCAACGACCAGGCGGGAGGAAAUGACGAUCCGUGGUGGGGCGGGGGCGACCCGUGGACUCAGGGCCCUUUGGCGAAAGCUCCCAGACGCCACGAUGCUCACCCAGGUCCUACUGCCCAGGCCCCCGAUGGGUUAUCUGGCUUGCCUGCUGUCCCUCACUUUCCUGAGUUUUCCUGGAACCGUGAUGCGCCCGUGUUCGUGCCGAAAGUUGAGGACAUCGUGGACCGAAUGAUUUAUGAGCAUGGUUGCGGGGAGGACCUCGUGCUUGCUGAUGGUGGCUCUCUAUUUGCUGGUCAGGCUGAUUUCCCUCCUGAGACGAUGAGGAAGUAUGAGGAUCUCUCUUUCGGCACGGUGCUCAACGCUGACGGGGUCGUCGGCGCAAUGCAGGAGCAGGAGGCCUUCAUCGACCAGGUGCUCUACGAAGCGGUGGGAUACGAUGACGUGGGCGGAGACAUGUGGGAGAAGGCGACGCAGGAGGCCAUCAUCGAUCAGGUGCUCUACGACGACGGCUUCGACUUCGAGCACCACGUGGAAAGCAGCGACGGGAGGCAGCACGAGCAGGAGGACACCAUUGACCAGGUGCACUACGACGACGGCCGCGACGUCGAGCAGCGGGACGUCGAGGGCUCCGGUGGCGGCUUCGGUGGUUCGGUUGGGGUGGCGGCGGCGCCGGCCAGGGCAUUGGCGGCUGGGGUGGAGGCGGCGGCGGCGGCUAGGGCUGGGAGGGAGGCGACCUUCCCCACGAGUCUCGAGGAGACCGAUUGCGAUCUUGACCUCGAGGCUGGCCACGUCGAUGAAGUGACGGAAGUGGCGGCUGCUGACCCUCACUUUCCGGAGUUUUCCUGGAACCGUGAUGCGUCCGUGUUCGCGCCGAAAGUUGAUGACAUCGUGGACCGAAUGAUUUAUGAGCAUGGUUGCGGGGAGGACCUCGUGCUUGCUGAUGGUGGCUCUCUAAUUGCUGGUCAGGCUGAUUUCCCUCCUGAGACGAUGAGGAAGUAUGAGGAUCUCUCUUUCGGCGCGGUGCUCAACGCUGACGGGGGCGUCGGCGCAAUGCAGGAGCAGGAGGCCUUCAUCGACCAGGUGCUCUACGAAGCGGUGGGAUGCGAUGACGUGGGCGGCGACAUCUGGGAGAAGGCGACGCAGGAGGCCAUCAUCGAUCAGGUGCUCUACGACGACGGCUUCGACUUCGAGCACUACGUGGAAAGCAGCGACGGGGGGCAGCACGAGCAGGAGGACAUCAUUGACCAGGUGCACUACGACGACGGCCACGACGUCGAGCAGCGGGACGUCGAGGGCUCCGGUGGCGGCUUCGGUGGUUCGGUUGGGGUGGCGGCGGCGCCGGCCAGGGCAUUGGCGGCUGGGGUGGAGGCGGCGGCGGCGGCUAGGGCUGGGAGGGAGGCGACCUUCCCCGCGAUUCUCGAGGAGACCGAUUGCGAUCUUGACCUCGAGGCUGGCCACGUCGAUGAAGUGACGGAAGUGGCGGCUGCUGACCAGUUGGGCGGGCCCGCUUCGGAGGACAUUCCUGCCAAGAUGGAGAGCGAGUUGCUGGACGAGGACCUCUUUGCGGACUUUGAUGUAUUCGAUGGUGGUGGAGGGGAUUCGUGUUCGGCGGCGCGGUCGAGCCGCCCUGGGGCCCCCCGCGCCUCGAGGAGGGUCCAGCGGUCGGCGGGGGCCAAGAAGAAGGCGCUGCUCAAGGAGAAGCUGGCUAUGAGCACUUCGUGACUGUGAUCUCUGCGGCUGAGUGUGAGAGGGAGUGGCUUCGGUGGUCUGGCCCUUUUACGGGUCGGCACGGCCAGGGGGGCGCCUCGUGUGGGCCCCCCUGGUGAUGCCGCAUACCUCUGCGUUCGGGACUCAGUGGAGGGUGCUUCGGUGGUCUGGCCCUUUUCGGGGUCGGCAGGGCCAGGCGGGUGCCUCGUGCGGGCGCCUCUGGUGGCGCCCCAUACCCUGGCGCCUCGGGAGGGCGGGGCUCGCUGCGAGCUCUGCGUGG